AUGUUCAUGGCGCAUGAGGAGGCCGGCCUGGCCCUGGGCCUCUCCCUCGGCUCCGGCGCCGGGCACCACCACCACCUGCUUCAGCCGAAAGAAGCGGCGCCUCCGGAGCCGUGCCUGUCCCUGAGGCUGGCCGGUGCCGGCACGGUGAAGAGGGAGGAGGAGGAGAGGGCCCUCAUCUACUGCUCGGCGGCGUCGUCGGCCGCGGACGACCUGGUCGAGGGGUACAACAGCAGCGGUGGCGGCAGCCGGAAGAAGCUGAGGCUGACCAAGGACCAGACGGCGCUCCUGGAGGAUCACUUCAAGGAGCAGAGCACCCUCAGCCAUAAGCAGAAGGCAUCUUUAGCAAGGCAGCUCAGCCUCAGGCCAAGGCAGGUUGAGGUGUGGUUCCAAAACAGAAGAGCCAGGACGAAGCUGAAGCAAACGGAGGUGGACUGUGAGCUGCUGAAGCGCUGCUGCGAGACGCUCACGGAGGAGAACCGCCGCCUCCACCGUGAGCUCCAGCACCUCCGCGCCCUGCACCACCACCAACACCACCACCCAGCCGCCGCUUUCUUCAUUCCGUCCGCCGCCACGGUGGCCUCCGUUUGCCCUUCCUGCAGCGGUGCACCGCCUGCCCACGCCGCCGACCGCCCCGCCACGAAACGCGCCUUCUUCGCCUCCAAAUCCGCAGCCUGCUAG